CAGGUAGAGGAGAGACCCCGCUGAUAUCCAGCACUGGGACCCCCAGAGAACCCAGAAGACCAAUAAUGUUGAAGUGACCUGUGACAUGGAGAAUGUGACUGAUGACGACCUGGAUGGCAACAUCUCCUUCUGCAACAUUGACCACACCAUACAUCAGACUCUCUUCCCAGUAGUGUACAUUGCGGUGUUCGUCAUAGGCCUCCCAGCAAACUGCGUGUCCUUGUACUAUGGCUAUCUUCAGAUCAAAGCCAAGAAUGAGUUAGGGAUAUAUCUGGUCAACCUAACCCUGGCUGACCUCCUGUACAUCUUCUCCUUGCCCUUCUGGCUUCAAUAUGUCCUUCAACACGACAACUGGACUUACAAUGAGGUGAUGUGUAAGAUCUGUGGCAUCAUCCUGUAUGAGAACAUAUACAUCAGCAUCGGGUUCUUAUGUUGCAUCUCCAUGGACCGGUACCUGGCCCUAGUUCACCCUUUCCGGUUCCACAAGCUGCGGACAAUGAAAGUCGCCCUUGUGGUCAGCCUGGUCAUCUGGCUCAAGGAAUUAAUGACCAGUUAUAUCUUUUUUGGUCACGGGGAGGUCAGCAAGGACCCCGAAAGCCAUACUGUCUGCUUUGAACAUUAUCCCAUAAAGAGUUGGGAGCACAGAAUCAAUUAUUACAGAUUCUUUGCCGGUUUCCUCCUUCCAAUCUUUCUCCUUUUAUUUUCUUAUUGUCGGAUCUUUAGGGUCAUUCGAAAGAGCCAAGGGACGCAGAUAAAGAGAAAGCUCCAGAUAAAGCAGCUGGUCUUCAGCACCGUCCUGAUAUUUCUGGUCUGCUUCGGCCCCUAUCACAUCUUGGUGGUCGUUCGGAGUUUGUUCGAGAAGAAUUGCGAAUUUGCUUCUAAAAUCUACAACACCUACCACUUGUCCCUGUUGCUCACCACCUUUAACUGUGUCGCGGAUCCUGCGCUCUACUGCUUUGCCAGCGAGAGCACCUACAAGGACUUUGUGAGGAUGAAGGACUCCUGUCUGCGCUGUAUAAGCUGCGGGAGGGUCGCGCAAAAAGAAGAGUAUGAGCUGAACAAUACGGAUGUCUCCAGGGGAGAGGCCGGCAAAGCAAAUCCUUCCCCUGCAGAGACAGAGACCACAGUACUGUGCAAACACAAAGUAUCCAGAGCCGAAAAUGGGAAAGAGGAAGAGUCUGACCCUCAGGUAUAGGGAGGAGGGGGCACAUGGAUGCUACAAAAUGACAUGUAAAUACAGAGACCAGGUGCUUCAUAAAACUGCAAACUGAUCCGGAUGUUACUGAAUAGACCAGUUUUUCCCAACCAGUGUGCCUCCAGCUGUUGCAAAAUUAUAACUCCCAGUAUACCCGAAAAUGGGAAAGUGGAAGAGUCUGACCCUCAGGUAUAGGGAGGAGGUGGCACAUGGAUGCUAAAAAAUGACAUGUUGUAUAUACAGAGACUAGAUGCUUCAUAAAACUGCAAACUGAUCAGAUGUUACUGAAUAGACCAGUUUUUCCCAACCAGUGUGCCUCCAGCUGUUGCAAAAUUAUAACUCCCAGUAUACCCAAAAAUGGGAAAGUGGAAGAGUCUGACCCUCAGGUAUAGGGAGGAGGUGGCACAUGGAUGCUAAAAAAUGACAUGUUGUAUAUACAGAGACUAGAUGCUUCAUAAAACUGCAAACUGAUCAGAUGUUACUGAAUAGACCAGUUUUUCCCAACCAAUGUGCCUCCAGCUGUUGCAAAAUUGUAACUCCCGGUAUACCCGAAAAUGGAAGAGUCUGACCCUCAGGUAUAGGGAGGAGGUGGCACAUGGAUGCUAAAAAAUGACAUGUAUAUACAGAGACUAGAUGCUUCAUAAAACUGCAAACUGAUCAGAUG